AUAAAAUAUAACGUCUUAUAGUUUAGAUAAGUUCAAGAUAAGUUGCUUCAAUACUUGAAAGCAAUAACCUAACACAUAUAUACUAGUUAUAAUCAAUAAGAUAUCGCGAUAACAAUAAUAUAAUUUGAAAGAAAGACGAUAACGCAGAAUAUGUCGGUAACAGAUCAUGCGACGAAUAACAAAAAAGUUAUUAAUACUUUUUGGGGGGUUAAUAUUGAUUGGUUUUUAUUGUGAAUUUCUUAUAUAUUAUGUAGUCACUAUACAGUGCAGUUGGCCUCGCCUAGAUACAAGGCACGGUGAGAACGAAGUUUUAAAAGCGUUUAUUCUAGCGGACACUCAUUUACUAGGACCUUACAGGGGUCAUUGGUUAGAUAAAUGGAGAAGAGAAUGGCAGAUGCACCAGGCAUUUCAAGCAAUCAUAAGAUUACACAAACCUGACAUUGUUUUUAUUUUAGGAGAUCUUUUCGAUGAAGGAGAAUGGACUGAUAACAAGCAAUUUAAUAAUUAUGUCUCUAGAUUCUUUGAUCUAUUUUCAUUACCAAAUAGUAUUAAAAUGUAUGUUGUUGUUGGAAAUCAUGAUAUUGGAUUCCAUCAUCGAAUAAGAAGAGGAUUUGCUCAAAGAUUUUCAAAACUUUUAAAGGCCCCGUCUGUUCAACAUAUAGCAAUUAAAAACAACCACUUUGUACUAUUAAAUUCAAUGGCUCUAGAGGGUGAUUCUUGUAAUUUAUGUACUGAAGCCAGAAAACAGAUAGAAAAUGUUUCAGAUACAUUAUUUAAAUGCUCAAAAAAUUCUAUGUACUGUGUCAAUUCAGAAGGUACAUUUAAUUACAGUCAACCUAUUAUGAUGCAGCACUUUCCUCUUUACAGGGUCUCUGAUGCUGUUUGCACAGAACCUGAUGCCCCACCGCUACCAGAACGAAACAAAUUGUUUCGAUUAAAAAUUGACGCAUUAUCGUUAGAAGCAACAAAAUACCUGAUCAAAAAAAUUAGGCCUAGAGCAGCAUUUGGUGGGCACACUCAUCAUGGGUGUUUAAUUGAUCAUUAUUAUGAGGAUAUUGGUGGAAUCCGAUUUUUGGAAUAUUCAGUGCCAUCAUUUUCAUGGAGAAAUAGACCCGAUCCAAAAUAUAUUUUGGCUAAAAUAGCGCCUGAUGCGUAUGAAGUCGAGAAAUGCGGUCUUCCAAGAGAAACAACAAUCAUCCUCACUGCUAUAAUAAUGAUUUGUGUUUUAAUUCGAUAUUUGUUAAGAACAAGAUUACUAGGCAGGGGAUUGUUAUGAAUAAAAAUAUGUUUUUAACCUCAAGGAUUAUAUUUCACAAU